AUGGAGGAGUGGCGUGACCUCGCCGAAGAGUGGCGCCAGGGCUGCUCCUGGCCCUCCGCGGCCUCGGCCUCGCGCUGGUGCGAGCGCCAGCGCGGCAGAUGGCGGCACGAGGUGCGGCCCAGCCUGGACCUCAACGCCUUCUGCGAGCGGACCCACGAGAGGUGGCGGGGCGCCAACCGCAGGUUCGACGACUGGUUCAACGCGGGCUGGUUCAAGCUGGUGGCCGACCUGAGGCAGCACUGGAAGGAGGUGCAGGAGAGGAAGGCUGGCUCUCCGGGCCCCGCCGCCGACACCACGGCCAUGGUGCUGCUAGGCGCCGGCGUCGGCUCGGCGCUGCACGGCCUCACGGGCGCCGGCACGGUGCUGUCCGCGUGGGGCGUGUGCCGGGCAUGCCGGAGGUACGUGGUGCAGAAGGUGGACGACGGAGACGUCGAGGCCCUGUUCCGGUGGGCCCCAGAGAGGAUACGCAGGCGGAGGGGCGAGCUGUUCGGCCGGAUGCGGGCGGAGGUGGACUCCUUCCGGCGGUUGCGCAUGGGCGACCUGAGGUUUAUCCACAAGGAGUGGGCGAACACGGACGAGAAGCGCCGGGCAAUGGACGACCCGACGUUGGACCACACGCCCGAGUCGCUGUUCGAAACUGCCAGCGUCGCCGGCCACCCCCGCGUCCGCGACGCGAUCGGGCCCGGGGUGCGGGUCGAGAGCGAGCCCGACAAGGUUGUUUACCGCAUUCACGAGGGCAUUGCAGAAGUUUACUUAGGCUGGCACGUCCUGGGCAGCAGCGGCAAGGCCGAGGUGCAGGUGAAGGCUACUGGGUCGAUCGUGGACUUCAUCUACGUGUUUCCCCUUGUGACCAACAGGUAUGGCAUAAAGGAUCCUGGCUUCGUGAUUCGACCGAAGGGGACUUGGUCGAUGGACACCAAGGACCUGCCCAGGGACGCCAAGCAGCCCUUCGGAGCCGAGGGUGACAGCGGUCGCUUGAAGAUGAACCGUCAGGGGAUCUUCGAGUACGACUGGGAGGUGCGCGACUUCCGGCACGGCAAGGAGAACCUGCGGAGGGGCUUCUGGUCCUGA